AAUUUAUUUUAGUUUAUCUGUUGUAUAGAUAAUUGUCUAAUUUGACAUAAUCACAUCUGUGCAAUACAAUUCUGCCAUUAAUUUAUUUCUCAAAAAUCAAAUUCGAUCCUAACCCGAACAGCCAUGGCUUUCGGUGAUUAUCCAAAGGAAUACAAUCCAGCCGUUCAUGGGCCCUACGAUCCGGCCCGUUAUUACGGAAAGCCCGAUACCCCAUUCGGACAACUUAAGCUGAACGAAAUUGGGUCAUGGUUAGGUCGCAGAAACAAGACCCCAUCAGCAUUCAUGGGAGCAUGCAGCAGAGCGUGGUGGAGAUGGCAGCAUAAGUAUGCGCAACCCAAGAAAGUUGGUAUUGCUCCAUUCUUCCAACUCUUAGUUGGAUCAAUGACUUUCUUCUAUGUUAUUAACUACGGCAAGAUAAAGCACCACAGGAACUACAAGUACCACUAAAAUCAACAAUACAAGAAUACUCCAUGCAAUAUUUGUUAUAAUUAUGUUUAAAGUAAAAUAUGUGCAUGGAUUCAUGGUUCAUUAAACAGUAAAAUUAGUUACAAUAUUUUUUUCUUUAUGACCUACACCUCACUUUACAAUUAUAUAAAAUGUUAACAUAGUAUGAAUGAGAACAUUUUUUUGUGGUUAUAUUAAAUUAUUUGUAAAAUAAA